AUUAUAUAUAAUAAAUCACGGGAUAGUCCCAAAAUGUAGUGGCGGAGUCUGACUUAUUGAGAGAUACACAGCAUAAUAUAUGACUGCCAAAUGAAACACUACAUAUUGCUACAUAUAUGUAGAAUAGGAACAUUUUUGACUGCAUUUGACAAUGGAUACAUUUCAAAAUUUAGUGGAAAGUCCUUAGAUGAAAUUGCCUGUGAAGACAUAUAUUCAAAUGAUGAUCAUGAUGAUGAUGAUGUUGGAAAAGAACGAGCCAGAAAAAAGAAAACUGGACCUAAGCCUUCAAAACUCCCAACAGACAUAGAUGUGAGUGAUGAACAUGAUGGCAAUGAUGAUGAUAAUGAUGAAGAUGGGGAUGAUCAUGUUGGAAAAGAACGAGCUAGAAAAUAGAAAACUGGUCCUAAGCCUUCAAAACUCCCAACAGGUAAAACUGUAUGUCGAGAGGAAGAGGAAGCAAAUUCAAUAAAGAAGCCUUGCAAGAAUUGUGGGAACAUUUUUUUAGGACUUUUUGCAAUUGGUUUUUGUUUGUCGUCAUGUGUUGUUAAUUUUGUGCUGACAAUUA